CAAUUCCCUUAGAAUCCGAAAAAUAAAAAAUAAAAAGGAGAGAGAGUGAGAGGGCUCUAGAGAGAGCGCAGUGUUGCGCACCGGAGUUUCUCCUGAAGACUUGGAGUGGCGCUCUGUCUUCUCCGGGUACUCCAAAAGCCCACAGGGCUCUCAAUUCCCUCUGGAAUCCGAAAAAUUUCGCUUCUCUUGAUUUUUUUUUUUCUCUCUACAGGUUUUAUCAUUCAGUUCUUUGCUGUUUUAUUUGAAUGCCUCUCUCUCUCUCUCUCUCUCUCUCUCUCUCUCUCUGUGCCAUCCAUAGGUUAUCAAAUUGGAAUUUGGAUAUUUUCUGUAUGAAUACAGAAUGAGGCAUAAUUAGAAAAAGGUUCUCAAUUUGAACUAGUGUGCAUUUUAGGUCGACUGGUUUUUAAACAUUGUUGCUACGGCGAUAACAAGGGCCGGUUGUGAGUGACCAUUGAAUACUCGGAGUCGAAACCAAAUCCGUCGCCUGAUGAUCUUUUUGAAAAAUAUCUUCCUGGAAUUGGGAUUGGCCGGUGUUGGUUGAGGAGACAAAUGUCACAUGGUUGAGAAGUUGUAGAUCUUGAAAGCUGCAGAAGGAUGAGGCUCGGACAACUUGGUUUUGCGCUGCAAAGUUCAUCAGUUCCCGCAGAGUUAAGUGUCAACUAGAAAUGGAGCAGCUAGUUCGCAGCACUUGCGUACAUGCUCUCACCGUCUCUCCAAACGUGCAAGCACUAGCUUCCGCACGGUCCCUCAUCAUCAACCUUUCAAGCUCCGACUCCACCCUCUCCUCUCUCCUCGAAACCCUAGCUCGCUUUCUGGAACUCCAUGGUCACCACCACCCUCACCUCCUCCACCACGCCCUCACACUCCUCGCCGACCUCGUCCACCGUCAUUCCAUUUUCUCACCCCUCGUAUUCGACCUAGUCCGCAAGCAUUCACUUCUCGAUGGUAAUUCCACUCGUCUUGUUGGUCAGUCACUUUCUUUGCUAGCCACAGUCGCCAAUCUCGACCGAAGCUUGGUGCCAGCCAUGGAUGAGAUUGGCGAAGGUCUCUUUCUUUCAAUGUGUUUCCGCCCCUCCGUGUCCGUACGGUUGUGUAUGCUUUUCAAUGCGGAGAGGUUUCGCGUGCGGCCGUCUGUGUUGCUUACCGUGUUUUUAGGGUUUACAAAGGAUCCUUAUCCUUAUGUGAGAAGACUUGCUCUAGAUGGAUUAGUUGGUUUGUGCAAAUCUAUGGUUCUGGAGAAUCGAGGUUUUAUAGAGGGGUGCUAUUCUCGUGCCGUCGAGCUUCUAUAUGACGUGGAGGACUGCAUUAGGUCAGCUGCUAUCCGCGCGGUCAUUGAGUGGGGACUGAAAUUCGUAGAGUUGCAUGCAGAGGCAAGUAGAGGAGACUGGUCAGAUGUGGUUUUUAUCCAGGUCUGCUCUAUGGUACGAGAUAUGAGUAUGAAGGUUAGAGUUGAAGCUUUUGAUGCCCUUGGGAGGAUAGGAAUGGUAUCUGAAGAUAUUUUGUUACAAACACUAUCCAAGAAGGUCUUGGGGAUCAUCAAAGAAAAGAAAUAUUUUGAUCACUACUCAAAAGAGCUACAAGCACAGACAUCAGGUUUUGCUGGAGUCUUUGUUCAUGGGCUUGAGGAUGAAUUUUACGAGGUACGGAGAUCUGCUUGUCAUGCUUUGCAGUCACUCACUCUCUUGUCUACUGAGUUUGCUGGUGAAUCCAUAAACUUGUUGACGAAUGUGCUAAACGAUGAUUCAAUAGUGGUCCGGUUACAAGCUUUGGAAACAAUGCAUCAUAUGGCAGCAUGUGACUCCCUGAAGGUGCAAGAAAUACACAUGCACAUGUUUCUUAGCAGCCUGGUUGACAAUAGUACCUUAAUAAGAUCUGGAGCAAGGAAAAUACUUCGAUUGAUACACCUACCAAAUUUUGAUAUGUUUAAAUCAUGCAUUGAUGGUCUUCAAGAAAAUUUGGAAAUGUAUCCACAGGAUGAAGCUGAUGUUUUAUCUGUGUUAUUUAAAAUUGGUCAAAUGCAUGGGAACUUUGUGCUCUGCAUCAUCAAAGACACUUUUCCUGAGAUUGAGCCUUCCUGUCAAUGCAAAAUUGACUUUGAUAGUCCUAAAGUAGUUUCAUUGAUAAUGCUGGCCAUCUCAGCUCCACUCUCACAUGAGGAACCUCCUGUUAGUAUUCCUCCCAUACUUUUUUCUUAUGCAGUUACAUUUCUGGGAAGGAUCUCUCAUGCUUUGAGUGAUGUUAUGAGCCAAAGUACCCUUUUGGCUUACUUUUCUAAUUGCAGUAGAUCCACAAUUUCUUCUGCUGCCGAAUUUGACACCAAAGAAGAAGAUAUAUUCUUAAAUUUGAGUGGAGGUGAUCUUCUGAAUUGUAGGAGCGAUCAGAUUGCAACUUCACCAGUAGAGUGCCCUCUGACAGAGCAUGAUGAAAUAACAGAGUCCAUUAACUUUAUCUUUUCAAAGGUUAUGGGUCUGUGGCCAUUAAUACAAUCUGGAUGCAUGGGUGAAGUACUAAGAACGUUGAGGAAUUGCAAGGAGGAGUUGGCAAGAUUUACCAUGGACUCGCUAGGUUGUGCAGCAUUAGCCUUUACAUCAAAAUAUCUCCGUGUAGUGAAACUGCUUGGAAGUGUGUGGCAGCUCUUUCUACCUCCAACAAAGAUCCUUUCUUGUAGGAUGGGACACCUGGAUCUUUUAUUGGGAAAACUUGACAGGAGCCUUACAGAAAUGAGGAAUAGAUUUAUUGGGUUAAGUAAAGAGGAGGAGUUACAUGUCUUGGAACUGAUACUUAUAGCUUGUAUACUAAGGCUGUCUAAAGCUGGAAUCUGUUGCCAGUAUACUACUUUGAAGAUGUACUCUACAAUUUCUCACGUAAAAUUUCUUUGUAAAGAAGGAUCCAUUCAGCCUUCUGAUUUUGUUAUUGAAGUUGAGAAAUUAUUGAGUGAAGUUGGUGUCUCUACUGAUGAAGUUUCUGAAAGCCCAUUUCUGUUUAAGAGGUUACUUGAUUUCUUCUCCCUCAAGCGAUUUGUGUUCGGUGGAAGUCUCAAGCAUAUAAAGGCAGAACUGGAUGUUCCUGGUUAUGACUCUGUAAAUCCUCUUCCAUUCAUUUCAGGUCUACCUGUUGGUAUACCAUUUGAGAUCACCUUGUAUAAUGUUUUAAGCAAGAGUAUACUGUGGCUCAAAAUGACUCUGGAUAAGGAGUUAACUCAGUUUGUCUUUCUGGAUCAUGUCCAAUAUGGAGACAGCAGUGAAGUCAGGAAAUUUAAGUUUGUUGCUCCUUUCUAUAGAACUCCCAGGGCUAUUUCUUUCAAAAUGAGGGUGUUUAUAGGUGUGGAAUGUGUUUCUGAGGAAGUGUGUUUUGUCAAAAGAUGUGGGGGUCCGAAACAUCAGCUAGCCUGUAUUUCCCAUGAAAAGGAAGUUUAUCUUUCCAUGCUCAAGAGAGACUGAAUGAAGCCUAGUAUUAAUGGAUUAGUAAGCCAUUUUCUGUGUGUCAACGUCACACAAUUUAUGUGGUCAUGAAAUAUAUCAUUCAUACAGGGAAAAGGUGUAGAAUUGCUAAUCACUGCUUGUUUGGAUGGUAGCUGGCUUCUUAAGAAAAAAGAACAGGCUUAUUAUUGUUUCAUGCACAAGGGAAAUAUUUGAUUUUUAAGUUAAAGAUAUAUGGAGGACCUCUUGUUGCCUCUUUGACAUUGUUCCCAGAUUUUCUGAACGUUUGUCCUGGCAAAUCAUUGUUUGAAGUUGGAAGCCUGGGAGCUUCUGGAGCAGUGCUUGUAUUUUGUCUACCAUGGCCAGUGGUGUGUUGUGGAGGUUUUUCUCCUUCCAUGUGUAUUUGAAAAUUUAUGUAACCUUAAUCAAAUCUGCAUUUACAUGUUUCUUACAUUUGGCAUAUUCCAAAGGGAAAGUAUGGUAGUCAGAAAGUGAUAGCCUCAUGUUUUGGAUGACAAGAUAUUGAAAAUUAAUGUUCAUUCCUCA